UCAACCCAAAGCGCCUGGUACUCGCCACGGGAAUUGGGAGGCCUCGUAUUCCUACUCGGGAUGGAAUGUAUGACUUUCGAGGAGCGUUGUAUCAUUCCGACUUCCACGCAGAUGCAGAGCAGUUCCGAGGCAAACGCGUUGUCAUUGUGGGCGCGGGCAGCGCUAGUGGCGAUAUCCGUCAAUAUUUUGUAACAAUUGUCCAAAGAAGUGCUACAUGCGUUCUGCCUUUUUCCAACAAGAACCCUAUCGAAGAGCUAGAUUUCCGCACCAAUCCACCGCCUUUAGCCUUCCUCCUGCGACUGGCGAAAUCAGGCGGGACACCACGCAUGACAAUGCUCGACAAGGAGCUCCACGAAGGUUUGCGCAAGGCUGGAUUGAACUUAACUUGGGAGCCUUCGCCCGGAAGUGGCGAGGUUGGGUUUGCAGGAUUUUUAUUUAGCCGCUCUGCAUCAGGAACUAGAUUUCUGAUUGUCAAAGGCAAAGUCAAGCGUAUGGCUGACUCGUGUUUUCUCGUCUAUAUUUCUCCAGUAUUGUGUAGUACAGGAAAUGAACCCGUCAUGAAGGCCACCAGAGCGCUUCUUGGCGACAAGAUUACCGACCAACUUCCACCUGAUGCGUGGGGCCUUGACUCAAAGGGAGAAGUUAAUCAGAUGUAUCGACCAUCUGGACAUCCGGGACUUUGGUUCGCUAUCGGUUCAUUUGGAAUCUCACGAUUCUUCAAUAAACAUGCUCUCCAAAUCUUGGCACGAGAGCUUGGUAUAGCAUAA